AUGAAAAGCAAAAAUGGCAGCAGAUAUUUACCCUGCCUUUCGGGGCUACAAGAAGUGGCUUUUGAUAGCACCAGAAAGAGAACCACCUUUCUCGCCGAAUCCGAGGGGUCAAAGGCUUUGGUAUCCAUUGAAGCCAAGCCGGUCUCAAAACUAGAUCUAGAAAAGGUCCAAGAGGACCCAACGUCUUCAUCUUUAGAGUUAAUUCAUUCCAAUGAUAGAUGGUCUUCUUACAGUAGCUCAAACAUGAAAAUUGAUAUCACUCUUCCAGCAACGGAGCGAGAGAUUUCGGCUGCCUCUUCAAAAGAUUUUGAGAGGCUUGUUUGCGAGCCCCCCCAGCUUUAUGUAUCAAAGAUAAGGCCAUUCAUAGAAUCAUCGCCUGAGCAUCAGCCCCCGCUUUGGAUAAAAAAUAUUCUCAAUGGGACCAGUGAGCAGGAUAGGAUUAUUUUCAAAAAUGAAGAGUUUGUCAUUCUUCCAGACAGCAAAUGGUGUGGCAAAGACCGUAGAUCUCUAUAUCUGUUAGUUCUCUUUACCGAUGGAUCGUUAAGGACAAUACGCGACCUAUCUACCGACAGGCAUCUUGCCUUGUUGAAGGAAUUGAAAUCCAUUUUGAAGGUAUUUGGCGUGGACUAUGUUAAAUUUUGA